UUCAAAGACCAACUGGAAAACGCACCCGGAAUCGUGGACAUAGUAGCUCUGCAUGGUUUAAGUGGCCACUAUCGACAAACAUGGACCUCCACAGUCACCGGGGCCAACUGGCUCGAGCACGAAGGCUUUCUGCCCAAUCAGAUCCCCAAUGCACGGAUUAUGUCUUACGGCCACAACUCG